AUGGUCUUGAGACGGUCGGAUGGAAGUGUCGUCGGAGCUGCAACUCGCAUUCAUAGUGGAUCGACUGAUGUUGUUACGGGAGAAGCUUUGGGUUUGUACGAUGGCAUUGACUGGAUCGAAAAAUUUGAUGUACACCAGGUGAUUAUAGAGAUGGACUCUCAGCUCCUUGUUAACGCCGUUAAAGGAAAAACUCUGAUUAGGAAGAACUGGGGUUGUGUGGUUCGGCGAUGCAUCAAGCUCUUAGAAGAUAACCCUAACAUUGAUAUUAGAUGGGUUAAGCGUUCUGCCAAUAGAGUUGCCCAUGAUAUGGCCAAUUGGGCCGAAAUAGAGCCUAAUAGAGAGUGGGGUAAUGAUGUACCUUUGUGUAUCUGGCCUUUUAUCCAAAAGAUAAGGGUCCUGUAA